AUGAAAAACAAGGAGAAGAAGAUAAAAGUAAUAUUAUUCAGAUGGCCACAUGAAGCUAUUCUUUUAUUAAUUGAAGAAUAUCGUUUGCGGCAAAACGAUCCCAGUAGUGGAAAAAUGUCUCAAAAAAAAAUUUGGGCAUUGAUUGCGGAAGAAUUAAGAAAACACAUGUAUAAUGUUACGGGGCCUCAAUGUUUAUCCAAAUUAUCUGGCCUAAAACGGACUUACAAAGCUAUCGUAGACCACAAUAAUAAGUCGGGCAACUCAACAAGAACAGGGUCAUAUCUUUCUCUUAUGAACGAGCUACUUGGCUCAAAGCUAUUUAUGUCUCCAAUAAGCACAGUAUCGUUAACUGGAAAAAGAUCUAGAUCACCAUCUUCUGAAUGUAGUACAUCCAGCUUUGAUAGUUGCUCGCAUAAAGAAGAAAAUUCACAACCUAAAAAAGCUCGACAUACAUCUAAUGUGGAAAGAUUAGUGCAAACUUUCAAAGAUGAAAGAAAGAUCGCAGAAGAAGCUGAACAAAAAAGACAUGAAGAAAAUGUACAGUUACGUCAGAAGUUGUUAAAUUCGUUUGAAACAAUGUUGAACAUAUUGGAAAAAAAAUAAA